UUACGCGAUGGGUAAAAUUGUAACCAAACCAAGCAAACGGGACGUUGUCUCAUAACCCAUUUUACUCGACCCGGAGGUUGGAGGAUCCGACUUGUCGCCAUUUGUGGAAUGUCUUAAAUCAAACAAACUUCUCCCUACCCUUCAGUCCACAAAGCUUCUCAAUCAGUGCCUCUACCCAGUCAGUCAAUCAAUCAGCCAGUAAAGGUAUUAGUAAAAGAUGCAAUUCUUCGGAGGAUCAGAGAUCAGCCCAUCGCCGCCACCGCCAACAGUAUCAGGAAAUAAUGCACAUAUGGUGUACGUAUUCAAUAGGAAUGGAGUUUGUCUUCUUUACAGGGAAUGGAAUCGUCCUCUUAAGACCUUAAACCCUCAGCAAGAUCAUAAGCUCAUGUUUGGUUUACUCUUUUCCCUCAAAUCUUUAACUGCCAAGAUGGAUCCUACAAGUGCUGAAAAAGGUAAUCUUGGGGUGCCGCAAUUACCUGGACAAGGAUGUUCAUUUCACAGCUUUCGUACUAAUACAUAUAAACUCAGUUUCAUGGAGAGUCCGUCUGGAAUAAAGAUCAUCCUUGUCACGCAUCCUAGGACUGGUGAUCUAAGGGAAUCUUUGAAGUAUAUUUACAAUUUGUAUGUUGAAUAUGUGGUGAAGAAUCCGCUCUACUCCCCAGGGGCUCCUAUUAAGUGUGAGCUAUUUAAUUCUACGCUCGAUCAGUAUGUUAGAGGCCUUGGAUAAUUUCUCAAGGAUCAAGUGGAUUCAGAUAUCGGAUACUGCAUUUGGCUUAGUCAUCCCUUUCAAUUAUGACAUUUAUCAUCAAUGAUGGACGAUUGGCUCAGGUAGAGCUCAAUACAUUCUCGAAACUUGCUGUACCAACUUUGGACAAGUGUUGUGCCAAUUAUGUUUACCUAGUUACAGUAUGAUCGCAUUUUGGUAACUUCAGUAUAUUGUCUUUCAUGUCAUUAAAGGUGUUUAAACAAUAAUACUUGGAUUAGGUCCGUAUUACAUUCUUUCGAUGCUCCUUAUCCUGUGAAGUUUUUACAUACCAUGUAUACACUAGUACAAUGAAGAAUGGUACUUCUAAAGGUUUAAAAUAGUUUUGCAAUGAA